AUGGAUAUUGAUGAAUCAGUAGUUGAAAAUGCACAACAAACAAAAGAUGAUAUUGAAAAUAAUAAAAAUGAAUCCAAUGAAGAGGCUUUUGAUGAAAUGGAAACCGAUGAUAUUGUGCCAAUUGAUGAUUCAGUUUCUAAUGAGGCAAGGACAGGUGUCGAAGAAAGUAAUGAGAUUGUUGAAGAUCAACAAGAAAGUUUUGAAGGUGAUGAAAUGUCAAAAGAAACACCUGAUCGUAACAUUCGACCUUUGCCUGAUAAUCAAUUUGAGGAUAAGGAUAUUGAAAAAGAAGAUCAGAAUACUUCAUCUAACCAAGAACAACCAAAUUCUGAUACACCAGCAGAAAAUGCAUUUGGUGUUGACGGAGAAUCUGGUAAAGCAGAUAAUUCAUCCUCUAGAAAUGAAGUCGAACAAUCUUUGAAAGAAAUUGAAAAUAAAGGCUCUGAUAACAAUAAUGAUAAUUCACGACGGUUCAAGCAUAGAGGUGAGUCAACCUCGAAUAAUAACAAUGAAUCAGAUAAAAGUGAACAAGUCAUUGAGAACCAGAAUAAAGAAAGUGAUCAAGGUCCAAAAGAUGCCAAUCCACAUCGAAGUCUUGGAGAUGCAUUGGAACAAUGGAAACGUCGUCUUGACGAUAUAAUUAAAGGAGAUGAACGCACAUCCUCACAAGAACAGAGCCCUGCGCAAGACUCAGAGCAGGUCAUAAAUGAAAAUCAAACGUUCGAAUUUCUUGAAAACGAUGAGGAAACUCAUGACCUUCAGACAAUGGGAGCAGCAAUAGAGGAUCAAUCAAAAGAGAUUGGAGCUAUCAAUAAUGAUGAACCAUGCUGUAAUGAUGCAAAUUAUGCAGGUGAAGACGAUGAAAUCGACUAUAACCAACAUAAGAGUGAAAUGUCUCUUGACCUUCUAAUGAAUGAUCAUGACUAUAGUAAUGAACAUGAAAAGGGAGCUGUUCUUUCUAAGCAAAUUUUAAAACAGGAUGAAAAUGAACAAUUAUUCGACGAAGAAUCUAAUCCUCAAUGUUUUGAUUCUUCUCGCUUUGCGCACGAACCUUUACCUUAUGAAGAGAUUAUGAGUUUACGUCACGAUUUAGAAGUUAAAUUAGCAGAUUGGAGACAAUCUGGUAGAGAUAUUACCAAGGCUAGAGAAUUGUGGCAUAAAUAUGAGAUCCUUACUCAUGAUCUAUCAAAUGGACUCUGUGAGCAAUUAAGAUUAAUUCUUGAGCCAACACUUGCUACAAAACUUAAAGGCGAUUAUCGAACUGGAAAACGUCUUAAUAUGAAAAAGAUCAUUCCAUAUAUUGCUAGUGAUUUCAAAAAGGAUAAAAUAUGGCUUCGUCGUACCAAACCGAGUAAAAGACAAUAUCAAGUCAUGAUUGCUGUUGAUGAUUCGAAAUCAAUGUGUGAAACUCGUUCGAUUCAUUUAGCUUAUGAAACUUUAGCACUUAUCUCCAAAGCACUUUCGCAGCUUGAAGUUGGAGAUAUUUCAAUUAUCAGCUUUGGUGAAAAAGUUCAAUUGCUUCAUCCUUUUGACCGUCCAUUCAGUAGUGAGGCAGGAGCUCAAAUAUUACAACAAUUUACAUUCGAACAGAAUAAAACAUAUGUUCGUUCCCUCAUGGAAACCUCAAUCACACUUUUGGAAAACGCUAGGAAUAAUUUUAGUAGUGGUGCACAAAGUAAAGAAUUAUGGCAACUUCAGCUUAUAAUUUCGGAUGGUGUUUGUGAGGAUCAUGAAAAUCUUAAAACUCUUGUUCGACAAGCUGCUGAAUCACAAAUAAUGGUAGUAUUUAUAAUAGUUGAUAACAAACCAGGAAAGGAUUCUAUCAUAUCAAUGAAUCAAGUAAGAUACAAAUCAGUUAAUGGGCGAAUGACAAUACAGAUGGAAAGAUAUUUAGAUACAUUUCCUUUUGAUUAUUACGUCGUUUUAAGAGAUAUUAAUGCUUUAUCGGAAACUUUGGCAGAUGCAUUGAGGCAAUACUUUAGCAUUAUAAGUCAUAACAUGGAAUAA